AUGCUGUUCUGCCUGCCCCUCUCGUCGCCUGACAUCUCGCCAUCCUCGCAGACUCUGAAGCGCAGUCUGCGACAGCGAGCCCCAAGUUUAUUUGAUGAACUUGCGGCACCGGGCGAUGUUCUCCCAGUGUCUUCGUCUCUUCGGCGCGUCGUGGGAGCUGGGCAGCCUCACCCAGAGCUGAGGCGAAUGUCAUGGCUGAUGUUCCUCUUCGUGGUGCUGGACACCUCCAAGGGCUUGCUAGUUUCGUGGUCCGCUGCACACAGCUGCGUUGCGCUGGUGCCCAUCGCACUCUGCGCCAAGAACGUUCUCUCCAUCGCCUUCGGUCUGGGCCUGGCCGCGUUGUUGGACGGGAUGCCCGGGGUGAGGCGCUGCCUGGACAUCCGCCGCUCGCUUCGCGUCUUCCCGGUGGCCGCCUGCUUCUGCACAGCUCAGAUGGCCAACGCCUCGGAUGCCUUCGAGAUGAGCGUUGGAUCUGAAACG